AUGUUGCAGACAAUUGGUGAGCAUUAUGAGGAUACAACGUUACCAGCCGUGCAGAAUUUUGUAACAAAUGUGGAGCAAUACUGUAGUAAUACCGAGAGCUUGGCGAGUUUGGGUAAAUCGCUCUAUACGUCACCAGCUUUAGUCUUUGUGGUAGAUGAAGUCAUGCGCGUUAUUUUAUGGAAUGAUUGUGCAGUGAAACUCUGUGGCUAUUCUAGGGAAGAAAUUGCUGGACGGAAUUUACUGAAGGAAGUACCAUACCUUGUACCUCCUUCUACUGCCAAAGUUCUGUCUGAUGCGUUGAUUCAUUGUGUGAGAGGGUCAUCUGUUACUAGUGUUAUGAUGGAUUUCAUCAGUAGAGAACGGACGAAAAGCACGUUAUUGGGAUCGUGUACUCCACUACUGGGCAAUCCGGUUGGAGCAGGAAUGCUUGUGGUAGCGCACGAUUUGACUCAUUUACCAUUUACAAUGGUGAAUAAAAAUGCGAUAGCAGAAACACCUGCAGUGCUGGAUCAAAACCAAGGAACGCCUGUCGAGACGAUGCCAGUUCCGGUGGCAGAUCCUACGGUGCCCCCUGUGCAGAUUGCGCCGCAAAGUGCUGUUGCUGUUCCUGCCUCUCUGUCUGCAGCAGUUGCGUCAAACGCGUCUACGAUACCUGGAUGGAGUGAAAUUGCGCCGAACUACUCGAUUGAAUGUGUGCUUGGACAGGGAAGUUACGGACAAGUGGUACGGUGCAAACAUUUACCAACGGGCGAGAUUGUGGCUAUCAAAAAGAUCCAGAAUGUGUUUUCGGAUCCGAUUGAUGCCAAGCGUAUUCUCCGCGAGUUGUGCAUCGUGCGGCAACUCCGACACCCGAACAUUGUGCAAAUUCGAGAAAUUAUUGCACCGCUUGACAUUGACCGUUUUCAGGACCUUUUUGUUGUAUUUGAGUAUUUACCAUCGGACUUGGAGAAGCUACUUCAUUCGCCACAGUUCCUUACAGCUGAGCAUUUGCGGUGGUUGCUAUUGGAUCUGCUUAAGGCAUUGAAGUACAUGCAUUCAGCGGAGAUUGUGCAUCGUGACCUAAAGCCGGCCAAUGUGUUAUUGAACCUUUCGCCUGUAGCAAUUAAGAUUUGCGACUUUGGCCUUGCCCGUGGCUUAUCAUCAUCAGCAUCUACGACAGGUCGCAAGCGGAAGCGUUUAGGCGACGGUUUGACUCCGGACGAGAGUACACUUCAAGGUAUUGGCGUGCACCCCCGUACUCCUGCACGUCGAAUUCAGCGUCAGCUCACAGAGCACGUGGUUACGCGCUGGUAUCGUGCACCUGAAAUUAUAUUUCGUGACCACGAUUACUCAGCCGCUAUCGAUGUGUGGUCGAUUGGAUGCAUAUUUGCUGAGCUUUUGAGUAUGCAGAAAAGCAGUGUGCCGUCACACUAUCAGCGCGAGCCACUUUUUCCGGGCGUCUCAUGCUUCCCUUUGAGUCCUGGUGCUGGUCAAAUAGCCUUGCCGCAGGAUAGCCGUGACCAGCUGAACACGAUUCUAGACGUGCUUGGAACGAUGGAGGAAGAAGAUAUUGCAGAAAUUGCAGAUCCGGGCGUACAGUUUUACUUGCGUAGUUUGCCGCCUCGACCAAAGCGCAACUUGCACGAGAUGUAUCCUGGUGCCGAACCCGAGGCGAUUGACCUGCUAACGUGGAUGCUCAAAAUGAACCCACGCAAGCGUGCAACCCUAGACGAAGCGCUAUCGCACAAGUACUUGGCCAGUAUUCGCUCGCUGGAGGAGGAGAUUGUAGCUCCUGGAACAAUUCAACUCGAAUUUGACGAGAAGAAGAUGAACGUGACGGAGAUCCGACAACGAAUGGUGAGCGAGAUUCGUUUUUAUCAUCCUACGGCUGGUACCACCAGCACAGCAUCAAGUUCUGUUGCAAGAGAAGUACAGCCGAAUGAUGUCAUAAGCAAGAAGAAGGCGAAGCAAGGUUAA